AUGAGUUCUUCCUCUUCCUAUCAUUCGACUCCCUUCUCUUCUGCCGAGCCUGCUCUCCUUCUCCCACUCCCACAACCACAACCACAACCACACCGCUCCUCGCCUCACGAUCGUUCUCAACAGCGACCCGCACAGCCCUUGCGCCGAUCUUCUCCCAGGCUCUUCCGCGACUUCUUUGAUGCUAUGUCAGAUGGUGCCUCCCGCAGGCAAAUAACGCUCCCUCAUCCCAGACGCAGUCACCUGAGCCACCGAGACACCUUUCACGACGUCAACCGCGCACUAGAAAACGCAAAUCGCGCCCUCCAAAACGCCCAAGAGGCCUUCCACCAAGCUAGGAGACCGGCGACCGGGAACGAGGCUAGAAGACUGCGGAUAGACAGCGAGACACCCAAUCAGUUAGUGGACUUGACGACACAGCCUAGCACCUCACCACAAACAUCAGACAGUUCACUUUCAGCCGAAAGCCACUACAUCUCCCAAACCACACACCCGCACGAUUCUUCCUCGGCCUCUCGACCAAGAAGACUCAACGCCCUCGACGAGCCCGUCUACGGGCCUCCGCCGACCAGCUCCGACCACCAGUUUCCUAGUCUCUCUGCAAGGUUCAGGUUUUGGCCGACCGGCCCUGGGGUGUUCCUGAACCGCCUGGACCCAAAUUACCCAUUGGUUGACGGCCGGCUGCCGCCAGCCUUCGAACAAGAGGCCAUAAACCGUCAAAGAGAGAACCACCAAAAUUGGGAACGAACUCAAGCCAGAAGCAGACACCGUCGGCGUGUCGAGCAGGAACAAAACCAGAACCAGGAUCCUCCACAAGUCACCAUGUCACCCCCUUCCUCAUCCUCAAGGAGCACCAAUCAAUCUUCUCAGCGGCGGCGUCCGUCCACCGCAAGCGCCGAAGAAGAUGACCCCUCGAUCGAAUCUGUUGAUCUCACCGCCGUCGACGACAAUGAAACGCUUUCCGCCGCUCUAGCAAAGCAGCGUCAAGAUGCCAUCUUGGCUCAAAACUCGGGGACAGAAGCGGGCCGCACACCGCUUACCGCGUAUAAAUGUCCCGUGUGCAUGGAUACACCGACCGAUGCCACGUCUACGGCAUGCGGCCAUGUGUUUUGUCACCGUUGUAUUGUCGAUACUCUCAAGUGGUCUAUUGAAACACGAAGGGAAAAUGUGCCGGCCUCUCGGAAGACCAAAGGCGUCUGUCCUGUGUGCCGUAAAACUCUGGACAUGAAGGAUACCCCAGGACCAGCAAGAGGGUUGAUCCCUCUUGAGUUGAAGUUAAUGGUAAAAAAGCGAAAGCGAGAAGACGACCCGGAUGAGAAAGGCCAGAGGAAAGGAAAAGGGAAGGGGAAGUUGUUGACCGAGGCGGAGACGCUAAGUGAUGACGAGGAGAAUGGGCAUAGCAGAGGGACUGACCCGAGGGUAGCCAAACAAGAAAACGACGCCUCGGACGAGGCAAUCUGGGGGGCAUUUAUUGAUGAACAAGCCUAG